UGGGCGGAACUCGGCGUCGUACUGUUUACGUCUGUGUGUUGAAAGUAGGUCAUAAGCGGGAGGAGGCUAGAAAUAUAUACAUAUAUAAAUAUAUAUAACCUCAAAGACAUAAAUUAUUAUUAAUAACACGACGUUGUAACGGAGGAAGAUCAGGAUUCCCCGAGGGCUCCGGUGACAUCUGCAAAGUCGUUGCAGGUGUGGCAUGUCCAGGCGCAGCCGAAACAGUCGAGCGUGGCGUAGUGUGUGGAGUGGAAUCCAGCGGGAUGCUGAUGCAAAGACACUGGUGCUGCCCUCGGAGAGCGAUGAAUGGGGUUGUGACCGCCUACAGUACAGUGACUCAGAUUCAGAGGCAGAGUAUUCUGGCAUACCCUCAGUGCCAAGUGCAGUGCCAGUAACCGGAGAGUCGUACUGUGGAUGUGAUUUGGAGAUGGAAGUGAGUUAUGACCCACGUCUACGCAGUUACGCACGUCUGCGAGACUGCCACUGCGGCGAAGAUGACCAAGAAUUUGACUGGGUGUGGGAUGAAGGCAGCCGGUCAGCGGCCACGCUGCUGAGCUGCGAGAACAGGAAGGUGAGCUUCCACUCGGAGUACAGCUGUGGCACGGCGGCUAUACGCGGCUCCAAGGAGCUCUCUGAGGGACAGCACUUCUGGGAGAUCAAAAUGACCUCUCCGGUCUACGGAACUGACAUGAUGGUAGGAAUCGGCACAUCAGACGUCAAUCUGGACAAAUACCGGCAUACGUUCUGCAGUUUACUGGGAAAAGAUGAAGACAGCUGGGGAUUAUCAUACACCGGGUUGUUGCAUCAUAAUGGUGACAAAGUGAGCUUCUCAUCGCGGUUUGGUCAGGGAUCCAUCAUAGGCGUUCACUUGGACACCUGGCAUGGAACUCUCACCUUCUUUAAAAACCGCAAAUGCAUCGGUGUUGCUGCUACAGAGCUGCAGAAUAAGCAUGUAUACCCCAUGGCAUGUUCCACAGCUGCCAAAAGCAGCAUGAAGGUGAUCCGCUCAGUCUCCGCCCCCACCUCCCUCCAGUACCUCUGCUGCUGGCGCCUACGUAAGCUUCUCCCUUCAGGAGCUGAUGCCCUUAGAGUACUGCCCCUCCCACCAGGACUCAGGCACCUCCUACAUUCCAAACUUGGCUGGGUGCUAAGCUUAGACCACUCACAUAUGCAUUCAAACUCAAACACACACACGCCCGCCGGGCCAUCUUCAGGCAGCGAAUCGGACGGCUGUGCUUCCGACCCAGAGGCCUGCCAGAGGAAACGCUGCCGCUGGACCUGAGGCGAUAACGCACACUCUUGCAGUUAACACAUUGUCAAGUCUUUUCAGUUUCUGCCUCCUAUGCAGCGGACUGGGAGAUUAAAAAAAUGUCUUUAAGGUUUUAAUGUAAUGUUUAACAAGAAGCCUGUCCACAUUAAGGAUACCAUUUGAUUUUAAAUUCUGUGGAACAGUUUAAAUUGCAUUUCAAUGUGUGGAUCAUAGUCAGUCAUGCAAAUUUAAUACUUUUCUCAAUGUACAGAUAAAAAAAAAAGCAACAUACGCAUAUGUUGUCUGAUGCAUUAUGACUAAACAUGGAACUGUCUUUCAGUUUUAUAGCAUAAAUGUUUCUGCUCUUCAGGGUUUUUGGAACAAAAAAAACUUUUCCAUCCCACAUGAACAGUUGUAUAAAGCAUUUCCAGUAUUGUCUUUAACUAUAACCUUCAGCACUGUGCACUUGUCUACAUAGCUUAUAUCCAAACACAAAGAAUGAGUGAAAUGGUUGGAUUUAGUUAUCAUUGAUAGUACCAAAAAAAACCCCACUAUAAUUUACUAUCCAAGUGUGCAAACAAGGCGGUGAGGUUUGACAGCCGGUCUCAUCAGUACAGCACUGAUAUGCUGAAUCUAGUACUGUAUGUUACAUUGAGUGUUUUCUUAGUGCUCCAUCUGAGAAGUUGUGAAGAAUUCUGUAAUGUAUUUUUAUACAGCUUUUCCACAAUAUGCUGAUGUAUACUGUAGGGUGUCAUCAAAACAGGAGUGCCAGCAUUUGCGGUUUAACUGUAGUACGACUGAAAUUAAUCGAUGCAUAAUCCGUUCAAUGUCCUUUUUUUUGUAAAAUUGCUUUUCAGAGUUUAUCCAUAUAUUAUGGUUUUGAGAACAGUGUGUGCUGCUUAAUACAUAGACUAAUGUUGGUCUGUAUAUUAAGUUUGACGUCUAGAUUUUGAACAAAUGAUAAGUAGAUGGCAACCUUCUGGAAAUGGCAGUAACCAGUUUCAUAAGUGGAGAGUAUUUUUUAAGGCAACACUACUAACAUCGAAGUACAUUCUGGAAGUUUGUCAAACACUUGUGGUUUUGGCAAAAUCUUGAUUUCUCUGCAGCCACACUGAGUUGAACUACAUCACCAGACAUACCAGUGGGUCAUUCAGGUCAUUUCAUCAGAGUACUUUUGAGCUACGACAUUGGCGUACAGCUCCAAUGAUGCCAGCUUUCUGAUGUUUUUGCAAUAUUCCCUAUUUAAAUUCUCAUAUCACCCAUUGCUGGUGACUUCUAAAUAUACGUUUUCUGUAUGUAGACAUCCAGGAUUGUUUUGCAGGAAUACAAUUUCAGAACAUAUAAAUUGAACGGAUGUUGCACUAAUUGUAAUAUCUAGUCUGCUUGCUACAUCAGUAUGAGACACUUUAAAGCAGCUUUCAGCACGAACACAAAAAAAUGCUGUUCCGCUGACUAAGAAAGCUGCAAAUUUGCAUUUUAUAAUGGUUAAUUCAUCUUGCAUUCAAUUUAUCUCGUCAAAGUUCACACCGUUGAAUUUACAAACUGUAAUGAUCUGUUGGUGUACAGCAAGGUAUACCCUGGUCUUAGCUUGGGAAUAGUGCAGAGUUAAAUUAGCUGUUUAUGAAAAGGCUUUUCUGUUAAAUUCCUCGUCUUUCUCCGCUUGCCUGGAUCUUACUUUUGAUUAAUGUUAGUUCUUCUGUCAAAAACAUUUUCUUGGUACAGCAUUGAACCUGACAAGUUAUGUUCCAUCUUCGUUACUAUCAUUGUAUUGAUUUCUCCACUGUCCUGUCAGAUUGCAUUUUUGUAUUAUUCUACAUUUAAUAUUUUAAAACCUUAUUAAUGCUUUAAAUCAUUUUACUCCAUUUCCCUUUGCUGAGUCAGUCAACUAGUGUUUUAACAUCUAAUGGGUGUUGGGGUUUUUUUCUGUUUUGUUUUUGCUGACAUUUCUCUAUUUUUUACCAAAUCCUGGCAAAAUCUUUGUUGCUCACUGGCAUAAUACUGUUGUGCAAAAGUGGAAACCUGUGAAUCGUGCACAAAUAUGUAAAACGCUGCCAUGGAAACACCUGCAUGAACCUGUAAUUUGGACUCACUUUGGUCUUAACUCAGCAUUUGUGUUGCUCUUUGCCAUCUUUAUUGCUUGUCUAAGGCUUCUCACUAGGGCCACUUCACCCUGAUGCAAAGCAGAAACACCCGAAUUCAAACGAAACAGAAUGUGCCCACAAUGUAAACCAUUGAAUGUGAAGUUCGUUUCGUGACAAGAUUUUCUUUUAACUCAGCAAGGGCAGCUGAUGUUCUCAAUUCAUAUGCUGUUUGAACAGAGUACCUGCCCUUGUUCUUAUAACCAUACUUAACAUCUCUCUGUGAGGGUUGUUUUUAACAAGUAUGGGAGUUUAAGUGUGUAUAGGUUUUGUAAUUCACUUAAAAGAAAUGUCUUUAUGCAUUAAAGCACUUUCCUUUCAUUGUAUGCAUAUGCACACAGAUUCUUUAUGCUCUGUUAUGUACAUAUUGUAUGUAUUCGCUUAUUCACUUUUCUUUGUCUCCCUUUACUAUAUGUCGAGCAUGGGCUUUAACUGAUGUUUGAAUAAAAGGAUGAAAAUCAUAUACGUAUGAGGACAAGAAGGCUGGAUAUGUAGGAUGUUUUUUAAACAUAAUAAAGCAUUGAAAAACUCA